CAUUGAUGGCGAGCGAAAAUACUAUAAGUAAUACAAACAUUUCGAGAGGGAUCGAAGGUCGAGACAGAAUGUCUCUUAUUCAAAGUUGAGGGAUGAAAUUGAUUUAUAAAACAUUGAUCGAUGGUGGGGUAGUGUUAAAAUUAUUUCUAAUCGCUAGUGUGAGUUUUUCAAAUUUAUACUCACUCCAUUCACUUUUAUUAAUUCCAAUUUUAAAAAAAAAGGUGAUAUUGUGGAUAGAUAAAAAUGUGCAGGGGAGUAAUUCCUGUUUUGAUCGGUAGUAUGAGAUAAUACAUAACAACCAUUCAAAUAAAGUGUCAAUAUUAAGGGAGAAGUUGGACAAAAUUAAUUACUCUUGAUUUUAUAAAAUAUGAUGACGAAUAUUUUUAAUAACCUAGAUAACUCGUAUAGAAUGAGGGAGUAUAAUUGUUCGAAUAGUAUAGACAUAUUUCAAUAAAUAUGACAAAAUGUACUGAAUUAGGCAGCAAAUUUGAUCUCCCAACCAGCUGUGGAAUUCUCCAAAAGUCAGAUGCUAAAUAAAAGGUCGAAAGAUGCAAUGAAGUUUAACAGAUACACAUGGUUUUAGAAUUAAUUAAGCAAAUUGAAUAUGUAUUUGACCAACAUGAAAUUUCCUUUUCAUAACCAACAAACUUCCCAUAACAACGAUACUAGUACAAUAAUACAAUAAAAUUUAGCCAAGGAGGCAAAGGUCAACCAAAUCUUAAACUAUAUUAUAUGUUGGAGUAUUUAUUAAUCUCUAAUUAUUCAUUUAGUAUAAAUUAAUAAGUUUUAAGUUAUAACAAUCUCUCGUAUUACAAAUUUUUAUACUUAAAUUUACAAAUUUCACAUUACUUGAAUAAUUUGACAGUAUAAAUAUUUUGUACACUACUAACGGUAUAUAAAUUAAUUUAUCUUUACUAGUAGCUUAUGUCGCUCAGACUUUUCAAAAAUAUUAUGUCAGAUUGUUUUAAAAUAAUGUAAUUUUGAAAAAUUUGAUACUAAUACUGUAUCAAAAGUGAAAAGUACGUGCAACUUAAGUUAUAGCUAACAUGUUUAGGAUUCCUCGUUAGAAUUAGUCUAAUCACGUGCCAUUCAUUUCACAUCUCAUGCAAACUCCUAUAAAUACCACCUUAUAUCACCACUUCUAAACCAUCCCAUCUUUGAGAAAUAUUUACUUAUACAAACACACUUCAAAUUUCUACUUUGAUUUACUUGAGAUAGAUAUGGCUAUUAUCCGCUCGAAAAUCGGAAUAAUUGGUGGUGGAAUAAGUGGCAUAGCAGCCGCUAAACAACUAGCCAAGUACGAUCCAAUGGUGUUUGAGGCAACGGAGUGUGUAGGAGGGGUGUGGAAACACUGUUCUUAUAGGUCCACAAAAUUGCAAACCCCUCGAUGUGAUUAUGAGUUUUCUGAUUUUCCAUGGACUCAAAGGGAUAACACAAAUUUCCCUACUUAUGAGGAAAUAUUAGACUACUUGUAUUCUUAUGCUAAACAUUUUGAUGUCUUGAAAUUCUUCAACUUCAACUCUAAGGUUGUGGAAAUUAAGUUUGUAGGUGAUCGAGAAAUGAAUUAUUUUGGUGAAUAUGGAAGUUUAUUGACUGGCAAUCCUGUUUGGGAAGUUGCUGUUCGUAACAAUCAAUCUCAAACUCUACAGUGGUAUGCAUUUGAUUUUGUGGUGAUGUGCACUGGUAAAUAUGGAGAUAUCCCAAAUAUACCAAAUUUUCCACCAAAAAAAGGGCCAAAAGAGUUUAAUGGUCAAGUUCUUCAUACCCUUGAUUACUCUAAACUUGACCAAGAAGCAUCUACUAAACUUAUGAAAGGGAAGAAAGUUGUUGUUGUUGGCUAUAAAAAAUCAGCUAUUGAUCUUGCAGUGGAAUGUGCUGAAGCUAAUCAAGGACCUGAAGGGCAACCCUGUACAAUGGUUGUAAGGACUUUGCAUUGGACAGUUCCACAUUACUCUAUUUGGGGUUUACCAUUCUACUUGUUCUAUUCAACUAGAUCUUCUCAGUUUCUCCAUGAAAGACCCAAUCAAGGAUUGUUUAGGACCCUUCUUUGCCACAUGCUUUCUCCCAUGAGAAAAGCAGCUUCUAAGUUAAUCGAGUCGUAUUUGGAAUGGAAACUUCCACUAGAGAAGUAUGGACUGAAACCAGAACACCCUUUUGAGGAAGAUUAUGCAUCAUGUCAGAUGGCUAUCUUGCCUGAGAAUUUCUUCACUGAGGCGGAUAAGGGAAAAAUCAUGUUCAAAAGAACAUCCAAGUGGUGGUUCUGGGAAGGAGGCGUUGAAUUCGAGGACAACACCAAGUUGGAAGCUGAUGUUGUCAUACUUGCAACUGGUUUUGAUGGGAAGAAAAAGAUUAAAGCUAUAUUACCUGAUCCCUUUCGCAGUCUGGUAGAGUUCCCCUCAGGCAUGAUACCCUUGUACAGGGGUACAAUCCACCCGUUGAUACCAAAUAUGGCUUUCGUGGGUUACCUUGAAAGUGUUUCAAACCUGCAUUCAGCUGAGAUACGUUGCAUAUGGCUAUCACGACUUGUUGAUGAUCUGUUUAAGCUUCCAUCUGUUGAGAAAAUGCUUGAACAGAUAACACAAGAGAUGGAGAUUAUGAAGAGGACGACAAGAUUCUACAAGAGAAAUUGCAUUUCCACUUUCAGUAUUAACCAUAGCGAUGAAAUCUGCCAAGAGAUGGGAUGGCAAGUUUGGAGGAAGACGAACUGGUUGGCUGAAGCCUUUAGCCCCUACAACAGCCAAGAUUAUGCAGAGGAGAAGUAGCUUCACUCAAUAACAUUUGAAACUUUCCUACUUAAUUAACUUAUUAUUUCUUCUAUACCUAGUGCUUAUACAGUAUAUUUAUCUACUCAUUUUAAGGAAUAAACAUACAUGUAUGAAAGGUCAAGCAAGGUAUCCACAAAUGUUAAAUACCUCAGCUUAUGACUUAGAACUUCUAUUUUUAUCAGUAAAAGUAAUGAAUAAAGAUUAAUAUUUCAAGAUCAUCACAAGUGACUCCAUUCUCAUUUACAAUUUACUAUAUGAUCCACCACUGUUGGGGUUUCAACAACUGUAAGAAGUGCCAAUUGAAGAAAAUUCUCCAUUAUGCAGUUACUACAACCAUAGCAAAGGCCCAUAUACAAAUUUAUCUCUCGCGGGAGACCGAGUUCAACAUUCUACAACAUAAAUUGUAGAAUGACUUUAAACUAACAGCUCCUUUGGCAUCUAUGAAAUAUAAGUCGUUGUACAGCCUAUCAGAUAACAUACAAUUGGCACACAUUAGUGGCAGAAAAAGUACAAGAACUUUAUUGGCUAGAGGCAGGAAAAGAAUGUAGAAGGGGAAACCUUGACGUUUAAAGACUUUGAAGUAACUUCAAUGUCUCAUCAAUAUGCUUUUCAGGUUGGAACUGAUUAUUAUAUAUGAGUUGAACCACUCCAUUCUUGUCAAGCACAUAAGUCUGUCUACCA